AAUGCUUGAAACCGUGAAGUACCUGAUCGGUUCUAGAGGAGCGAGCGGGUUCGGGUCUAAGUCCACCGCCGACGAAGUUACCGAGACUUGCCAUGAUCUCCGUUCCAUCACUGCCAUUAUCACCGGUGCGACGUCGGGGAUCGGCGCCGAGACGGCUCGGGUGUUGGCGAAGCGAGGGGCGAGACUGGUGCUUCCGGCUCGGAACCUCAAAGCUGCGGAGGAAGUUAAGGCGAGGAUAGUUAAAGAGUUUCCUAACUCGGAGAUCAUCGUAAUGGCUCUUGAUCUGAGUUCACUCAGUUCGGUUCGAAAAUUCGGGUCGGAUUUCGAGUCGCUUAACUUGCCUCUCAAUCUCCUCAUAAACAACGCCGGCAAGUUUACGCAUGAACAUGCAAUCUCCGAGGAUGGAAUCGAGAUGACAUUUGCCACUAAUUACCUAGGUCAUUUUCUGUUGACAAAACUGUUGUUGAACAAGAUGAUCGACACGGCCAAACAAACCGGCGUUCAAGGAAGAAUCGUGAACGUGUCGUCGAGCAUUAACGGCUGGUUUUCCGGCAACAUGAUCCGAUAUCUAGGCCAGAUAUCGAGAAACAAAAGUCAGUACGAUGCUACAUGUGCUUAUGCUCUCUCGAAGCUGGCUAAUGUUCUGCAUAUCAAGGAACUUGCUCAGCGACUGAAGGAAAUGGGUGCCAAUGUGACUAUCAACUGUGUUCAUCCAGGGAUUGUUAAAACUCGUCUCACCAGGGAACGUGAAGGCUUCUUCACAGAUUUGGUUUUCUUUGUAGCUUCAAGGCUCCUAAAGACAAUCCCUCAGGCAGCUUCGACGACAUGUUACGUAGCAACGCAUCCGACGGUAGAGAAUGUCAGUGGGAAAUACUUUGCAGACUGCAACGAAUCAAGGACGUCGAAACUGGGUUCCAGUCCCAGUGAAGCUUCGAGGUUAUGGGCUGCCUCUGAAAUCAUGGUUUCUGCAAACCCUAAAGCAGUUUUCGAUCCACUUAACGCCUUUGAUUAUCACAAAUAUAACUAGCAA